CGUCGAUGUGUCAUUAAAGGUGGAGCCGUCGCAUCGGUCAGAUCUGCGAAAUUACUCGCGGAGAGACGAGGAGUCGAAUGAGAUAGCGAGAUUAAAUUGUGGAAGAAAGCAUAGUCUUGUGGUCGUCCGACGGCGAUAGGUGAACUGUGGCAGAAAUGGAGCGGCUGAUACUGCUCUUGCUAUCACCGGCAGUUUUCGCCGAGUGGUCAAAAAUCAAUGACCCUAACAACGAGCCGUUCCUACCGAUAUACUCGACCUACCCUUACAGUCCUAAGCUAAUCAAACGAGGCGUCGAGCAGGAAGUAGUACCACAAUUGGCGGCCGAGUCGUUUAAAGCGCCAAAGGAAGAUGCCAAGGACACCUACAGCACCAGUUACAGCAGCAAUUACCAAAGAGACUCCUACUAUAACCCCAGUUACGACCCCUAUCCCAAAAAUGCCUCACCUUUACCCAACUACAACCCGUACUAUAACGAGGACGCGUACGCUUAUCCCAAUUCACCAUAUGCGACCUACAACCCGUAUCCUAUGUCGUACACGAUGAGUCCUACUGCGUCCUCGUAUCCGGACUAUUACUACCAGCCAUCCUAUUACUACCCUCAUUACUUCAAUCACGCGCUAUUUCCGUCAUCGCCACCGUCACCAACGCUGUCGCCACCAUCGUCGCCAUCGUCAGAAGACGUCGAUUAUCACGAGACGUCGCAAGACGCCGCCGAGGCGGAGGACGACAAGCAAGAUAAGGAUAAGAAGAGCAAGAAAUCCAACGAGUACGAGACGAAUCAUGACGCGUCGGCGGGUCAGCUCGUAGACGACGGAAACUAUAUAUCCGGCAGUACGAGGGAUCUCGACGGGCAGUCUAGUACGUACAAAACAGCCAGCCCGUACAAUCAACUGGAGCAAGACAUGCAGACGAAGAACCUACUUAUUCCCCUGCCGAAGACAACAUACAGAGUGAUCAGCGUGGCAGGACAGCCAGUUGGUCCGGAUUACCCGCUGCCUGCUCAAUAUGCCAAUGCUCAGCAAGUGGAGCAGCUGGUGAGCCAAACAUUGACCACGUUAUUAGCACAACAGCAAGCGCAGCAGCAACCAGCUGAGUCCUACGAGAACAACAGAGACACCCCGAGCGCAGCCAAGGAUGGAUCAUACGUCAGUCAGGACACCUACAACCCGAGCACGCCGUCGUAUGUGGCCGUACCUGCCGUGAGGAACAAGACCGUCGUGACUUACGUGAUCAACUCCGACGGUAUCACCAAAGUCAACGGGGACCAGACGAAUACUCAGCUCUCGUCAUUUCACACAACCUCGAGCAAAAAUGCAAAGUACCCCAGCAACCUCUACGUACAGAAGCCGCUGCCGCUACCGGACCACUCUCGGACGACUUUGGACCUGCCUCAAGGGACGUACGUCCCUCAACGAGAUAACCGUAGCAAACAUCGCAAUCGAGUGAUGAAUAGUCGGCCAACGGAUCAAGUGAUCAGGUCUUACGAUUCUUACGACGCAUCGCAGAGUUACACCGAUACUUUGAGUCAGCCCGGGAGCAAACAGGAACGAAAUUACAGGAAGUAUCAGAGGCCAGCAGGUUCUCAUCAGAACAAGGACUUUGUUGCCGCGCCUCAGACACCCCGGACUACAUAUAGCUAUCAGUAUUCGGCUUACGAAUCGGACCAGACGUCAACGGCGCAGCAGCCGCAGCAGGACAGCAGCGUCAGUUCGUAUGAUGGCAACUUUGGAAUUAAGGAUUAUAAUAAGGGUUGAGAGACGCAGGGCCGACUCAGGGUGCGGCGAACAUAUUUGAGACGUAGGCAGGUGGAAAGAUGGUGCUAGAAUGUUGACCGUUGUUGUUGUAUUAUACUUACUAAGUCGUUAUUAAAUUGACGCAGUCUCCUUCACUCUCAGCGAAGUCUUUAGUUGCUUCAUGCGCUGGGUACUCGGUGAAUAUUUAUUAGGAAGCUAGUUACUUUCGACGCUUUUUUCUUCGUCGUAAACUUCGACGUCGUUGAAUGCCACGAUACCGCGAUACGUUGCGUCAUUUCGUUGCCUCUCGCUUUUGCCUGAAGAGCGGAUUGCGAAACGAGAUAUUGUCGCGUACUCUACAAUCUUUUGACACUUCGAGACGUUUCUACAUUUAUGUAGAGAAUAAAUAUCGCCUUUUUGCUUGCGCUUGGCGAGGUGUAAUCAGGGGAUAAAAUGAAUCACAUUUUCUACCUUCACUUUGUGAAGCGCGACAAAAAAAAGCGACAUACCCAUCGUACACUUUCUAAUUCAUUAUAAAUCGAGUUGCGAGUCUGUUCUCAAAUCAAAAAUGUCCGUCCAGUAUUAUCCACAACCGCGUGCCGACAAACGAGAACACGGCACCCCGCGAUAUUCAGGUGUUUCAAGUGAUUUACUUUCGCGUUAACAACUGAAUGAAAGGUCCGUUCACAGGUGUACACUGAUUGCCGCUUAAUACGAUUGUACUCUCUGGUCGGAAUUGGUACUUUCUUUCGCGCGAGCAACGAACGUCGUCUUUACGCCGUCGUGGGAACAACAAACGAACGUUUCAUGUUAAUUUUGAAAUUUACGAGACGCAGCGGAGUGGCUGUAUUUUCCCGAAAAUACGGCAUUGGUGUAUGAGGAGGUAUGACGAAUCUUUUUCGGAAGAAGUAGAAAGUCGCGAUGUCGCAUUAAAUCUGACCCCGUCCGACCCCCGACAAUGCGAUCUAUUUAUAAGGCUUACGUUCUACAUACAGGCAGAUCUUGUAUUCGUUUUGUAGUCGCUAGUAAUAAACGAUCGUUUAUGUUCGCUUUGA